CCCAACGAUAGUGAGGACCCAUGAUGAUACGUUCUCUGUCACAGGUCAAGGGACAGCGUUCCCUAGCAUUUUCUGCUAUCCCACUUCGACAACUCUCCGCUUCGGCCGUUUCUCGAGCGAGUCACCAUGAUCAUCACGAACAACACCACGGUCAUGGUCAGGAAGAAUCCAGCGAUGUUUAUACUACGGAAUCAUUCCUCUCCCCCGCAUGGCGAAACACAUUCAUCCUCAUCGCCGCUUCCCUCGUCAUUUACCCUUACCUACCUUCUCCUGCCAAAACCCCCGCCUCUCCUUCCACAUCCCCAGAGGCAUUCUCUCGUACCGCUCAAGACUCAAACGCUCCACUUGUCACACGUCUUAUGGCACGAAUCACCCCCGAGGCCGAGGUCUGGACCAAGAGGAAUGACAAGCAUCUCGAGUUGACCAAGGAGAUGGCGGAGCAAAGAUUAUUAUUCCAGGAAGCAGAGAGGCCCAAAAUUUGGAGAAUGAGGUAUCCCAGUUCAUUCGAGCAAGCUUCCCCUCAUAGUAUUCCUGUCGGCUCACAAGUCGACCUCUCGGACCUUCACGUCAGACAAGAUUGAGGGACACGGCGGCAUGAAAUAUGCAUCGGAAUGAUAUGACGUUA